AACUACAGCGCACACGGCGAGAUGUUGCUCACUCUUAUCUUGACAUUAACAGUCUCGACUGCCAGCGCAGUGUUGACGUCAUGUCCUGACACUUGGACAGAAUGGGACGGUGCAUGUUAUCGUUGUUUCACUGACCCGAAGACGUGGGCGGAUGCGGACACCAUAUGUCAGAAUUAUGCUGGAUAUUUACCAUCUGUACACAGUAGACAGGAAAACGAUAAAAUACUCGAAGUGUGCCCCAGUGAAUAUGAUCUUUGGAUUGGUCUUAACGACAGAGCAUGGGAAGGCAAUUGGGUGUGGUCUGACGGGGAUCCUAUUGUAUAUACCAACUGGAAUGCCGGAGAACCAGACGGCCAGUCAUCUGGCAUUGGUCCAAAUGGAGACGUGGACUGUGCUGCAAAGAAUGGGCGGAUGAGGAUUGCUCAGCUGAGUACCGAUUUACUUGUAAGUCGGUUCUCAGUGUAUAAGCAAACUCAAGAAGCAGUAUCCUGA